UUAUCUAUGAAAUCUAUCUCAGGGCAGCACACACACACACAUGUAAAACACAUCUAACGGAAAUUUAGUAUACCUAUAGCUAAUCCACUUACUGCCUUGUUUUUGGGAAGUGGGAGGAAACCAGAGACCCCGGAGGAAACCCACACAGACAUGUGAAGAACAGGAUGAAACAGCAGUGUUCUCUAUCUGUGUAAACAGCUGCUUGUAGCAUAUAAUUUAUGUGUAAUGUGUAAAUACACAUGUAUUAGAGAGGCUUAAUACAGAAUGUUUUUUUUUUCUUAAUGGAUGGUUGUUGUUGUGUUAUUAUUGCAUUACUGUGCCAUGUUGGAUUAUUACAGAUAAAAUACUGCCAGGAUUAUUUAUUUUUAUUUUUUAUUUUUUUAUUUUUUUUAUUGUGUGUGUGUGUGUGUGUGUGUGUGUGUGUGUGUGUGUGUGUUUGUGUGUGUGUGUGUUUUAUAUAUAUUUUUCGAAAGAUACCAGCCGUGCUUUGAAGGAAUGAGUCACUAAAGAGCUAGCCUAUGAGAUCGUUUGUAAUGGAUGACGCACACUGAACAGCUCUGGGAAGCAGACGGAGGAACACUUACCCUGCACCAUCAUUGAACGUGUUUUUUUUUUUUUUUUUUUUUUUUGGUGGGGGGUACAUUAAUCUGAAUAAAUUAGCCGUAUUUUCACGCGCUGUUUUUCGUGUGCUUAUAAAAACCUAUAGUCUCAAGGAAUUGCCCUGUCGAAUAAAUAUGACCAGGCUGCGUUUGAGUGUCCUGUAUGUGCAACCAUCAGCGCGUCCGUCGGCGUCACAUCGCGGCUACUCCAAACGCUUUGUGUCACGCAGCAGGUUGACCAAAGACAAGCAAUACUGAUCCAUGAACCGCUGACAUGUUGCGUCCAGCUUGAUGUUUGCGCCAGCAUCCAGUGACCGGGCAGGAUGUUGAGUCGGGUUUUGAGCGGCAGUGUUCGGAGUCUGGACAGAGAAUUCAACUGCACUGUCCGGCUGCUGGACGACACGGAAUACACCUGCACGGUACAGAGAGAUGCAAAGGGUCGAUGGAUUUUUGAGCAGAUUUGCCAUCAUUUGAGCCUGUUAGAGAAAGACUACUUUGGCAUCAGAUAUGUAGACCCAGAGAAACAGAGGCAUUGGCUAGAGUUAAACAAGCCAAUCACCAAACAGAUGAGAUCUCAACCGCCGUUCAUCAUGUGUUUACGGGUGAAGUUCUAUCCCCCUGAUCCUGCUGCUCUCAAAGAGGAGAUCACCAGAUAUUUGGUCUUUUUGCAGAUUAAGAGAGAUUUGUACCAUGGCCGACUGCUAUGCAAGAGCUCUGAUGCUGCCCUGCUGGCUGCUCAUAUUCUACAAGCUGAAACUGGAGACUACACUCCAGAGAAGCAUCCAGAAGGCUACAGCUCCAAAUUCCAAUUCUUCCCCAAGCACUCUGAACGCCUUGAACGCCGCAUUGCUGAAAUUCACAAAACCGAGCUAAUAGGCCAGACUCCUGAGACAUCUGAGUUGAAUUUCUUAAGAAAGGCUAAGACUUUGGAGAUGUACGGAGUUGAUCCACACCCUUGUAAGGAUGUGUCAGGAAAUGCUGCAUUUUUGGGUUUUACUCCGUCUGGCUUUGUGGUGCUUCAAGGAAACCGGCGAGUUCAUUUCCUCAAAUGGAAUGAGGUCACCAAAAUGAAGUUUGAAGGGAAGACCUUCCACAUUUAUGCAAACCAACAGGAAGAUCAGAAUAUCAUCCUGACCUACUUUGCACCAACGCCUGAAGCCUGUAAGCACCUGUGGAAGUGUGGAGUGGAGAACCAGGCUUUCUACCAGUUUGAGAAAUCCAGUCAAGUAAGGACAGUGUCCAGCAGUAAUCUUUUCUUUAAAGGGAGUCGUUUCAGAUACAGUGGAAAAGUGGCCAAGGAAGUGAUGGAGCAAAGUGCCAAAAUCAGACGAGCGCCACCAGAAAUCCACCGGGCUGGGAUGGUCCCUAGUAGGAGUUGUCCUUCCAUCGCUCACGGCCCACGACAGAGUAGUGUUCCACGAACAUGCAGAAGAGCAGUCCAUAUGUCUAUAAUGGAGGGUUUGGAGUCUUUACGUGACAGUGGCCACUCCACUCCAGUGCGGUCCAUUUCUCAUGGCCACUCCUUACUGAGGUCCCAUAGCAAUUGUGCUGAGGGUAGAAAUGGGGCGUCAGAAUUUUCUGAGGAAUUGUAUAAGCCCACUGACAGUGUGUUACCCACACCUUUCUCCAGCAACUGUUCACUGGACCAGGCCUUGUGUCAGCACAUGAACAGCCCUCCGAGUGUCCAAGAGGAGAAAAAAACAGAAGCAGUUAUUCCAAAAAGUGGGAGGCUGGUUGUUGCUAAGUUUACAGAAAGAGUCUAUCACCUGGGAAAAAUCCAGACACCCACUGGUAGCAUGGAGGUAAAGCAAGUAAGUAAGGUGAUUGGAAGUUUGGCACGGCUCUUCUUGGUCACACUCACGCUGCUCCUGGCCCUCCUCCUGCUUCUCAUUGCUCUGACAGAGUCUGAACUUGAUGUGGCCUUUCUGAGGGACAUCCGACAAACAGCUGAGUUUCAGCAAUUCCACAAUGAAUAUUUUUGCCCGCUGAGACGCUGGCUAGCCUACAAGCUGCGCUGGAUGGGAGGCUAGCUCAUGAAUAAAUGAGAGACUGGGAAUGUGUGACAGGCUUCUCCAUUUUCUAUCAGUAUUCUAUUAUGGCAUCAUGUACUCAGAACUUUCCAAUCAAACCCAGGCCAAAGCCACAGACAUCCCCAGUGCCAUGCCACGAAGACUGUGUACAUGUUUUGUUUCUCGUUAUUGUAAAAUUUUACUCAUUAGUGUUACCUUGGUCUAUGUAGAAAAUGUUAGCAAUUAGACCACAGUGCUGUUGACUUCUCAAUUCUGAUUGGUCAGGAGGUGUAGAUUAAUUUUCUAUAAAAGCAGCUCUGACAUUAGUGCUGGCUAUAAUUCAAAUGAUAGGUUUAUAUCAAUGCACUCGUUCUAAUAUGUUAUUAUUUCUAUAAAACAACUUAUUCACAGGGACUUGUAUGGCAGACGAUCUACAUAAUCUAAGAAAAAUGUAUAAUUGCUAAUAUGGUGACGCUUUCUUUUUAGGAGAUGUUUCUUUGACUUUAUAGAUGGGGUCUUGCGAGGCUGUUGAGGGAAUGAUUUUUAUAGCUGCUAUACAUGAACUAACUUGUCUUGCAGAUGUUCCACAACAUUUAAUGUAACUAGAAAUGGAUAAAACGCAUGUGUCAUUCCUUAAUGAAUUUUAAAAAAUGGUCAUUGUUGGCAAAUCACUGUGGUAUACUGUAAGAGGAAUACAACACUUCUGGACAUGCUGUUAUAGAACAAUAAACAACAAUAACACCACUUCAUGCUGGGCUGUUUGACACCUCCCUGUUUUUGAUUAUUCUCCUAUAACAGUACAUCCAGACAUGUUUUAGUCCUUAAUCAAUUUGGUCAUCACCUCUUCUGUGUUUUCCACAGCAGUUAGAUAUCAAGUGGACUGAUGGAACACUUUUUCCAUCCCUUUUUCAAUUUCACUAGGUCUUAUCUGCUUCUUUUUUCCUUUUCUCUGUGCAGGACCCUAUACCCAUGUCAUGUACCCAUGUAUUUUUUUUUUUUUUUUUACCACUAUUAUACAAUUACAAGUGACCGGACACUGCAGACAAAUAUUCUUUUUUUUUCUUUUUUUUUUUAAAUUAAUGCAGGAUAAUAUAUAGAAUAAUAAGAUGCACAGGGAUAUUCUGACAUGAGGUAAACUGGGAAAUGGAUUUGAGAGCCCAACAGACAUCGUCCUAUGUGAUUAUUAGUUCGCUCUUCAGUGAUGUGCCGUUAAUAUCAAUAUUCUCUGUUGAGGGUAAUAACAAAGGGUUAAUAUGUGUGAUGUAGAGUCUUUAAAUCAUUUUUUUUUUAAAGGAGUGGUUUGUACAAAAAUCUAUCUGGCAUGGUUUCCCUCUUGCCUUAAUUAUGCACCAUUUGACAUUUUAUUUAAAUGUUUUAUAGGUUUUUUUGUAGAGUGAUGCAUAUUGCAAGUCAAUGUCAUCCUUGUCAAAGGAAAAUAGUACUUCCAUGUUUAGAACGUUGCUGAGCCUAUUGGAGCAAUAUUUAUUGGUUUAUUGGAAUAUCUAUGUAUUUACAGAUAUAUACCAGACAAUGGAACUGUAUCAAUGAAUGAAGUAAAGUGUCACACCAAGUGUUUUCGUAAUUUGUCUAAGGAUGGUGCUGAAAUUAAGUAGGACAUUUUUCCAGAAAUGACAAUAAUUUUUUAUAUGAAAUAUGUACCACAUUUUUACCCACAUGCCCUUCUUACAAACUUAUCUUGGUUAUUACACCAAGCAAUUAUCACAUGCAUUAAAACAUUUCAGCCUCGGUUAGGCAUAUACUGAAUACACUCACCAGCCACUUUAAUAGGAACACCUGUUUAAGUGUAUUAAACACCUAUAGCACCUAAAGGAACACCUAUUCAUUUGUGCAAUUACCUGCAAUCAGUGCAAUGCAUCAAGUCAUACAGAUCAAGAGCUUCAUACAGAUCAAGAGUUCAAGAGCUUCAGUUAAUGUUCAAAUCAAAUAUCAGAAUGGAGGGAUAACACUGAUCUCCUGGGGUUUUUGCACACAACAGUCUCUAAACUUUUCACACAGUGGUGCAAAAAACAAACAAACAUCCAACCCAAGCUGACAGCAAGGCUACAGUAACUCAAAUAACCAUUCUUUCAAAAAAAAUGUUGAACAGAAAGCAUCUUAGAACACACAACAUGCCGAACUUUGAGGAGGAUAGGCUACAACAGGGGAAGGCCACAUCAAGUUCCACUGCUUUAAGUCAGGAACAGUAAUCUGAGGCUUCACCUCUUAGCUGCAUGAUUUUAUACACUGUGUUGCUGCCACAUGAUUGGCUGAUUGAAUAACUGCAUGAAUGUGCAGGUGUACCAGUUUUCCUGUACUGAGUGUACAUUUCUAAUGAUUUUAUAAUAAAAACAAAUCUGUCUCUUUAAUGAAUAUACUGUACAAAAUGUACACACUAUUCUCUUGAAGUAGCCCAAAGCAGCAUGUUGGCCCAUUUAUAAAACAAAAUGAU